AACACAUUGCCAGAUGAAGCUGUUCCCUGAGAUGUUCAACAUUAGCACUCUGACUUUUAUUGUGUUUGAAAAUGAGGUUAUCGGUGUUAUCAUCUAUUGGAAGUGAGUUAAAAAGAAAACACUCCAAUGCAGUGCUACAAUUUACUUUUUUUAAAUUAAAUAAUAUCUUUAUAAAUUACAAAGAGUAAUGGCAAUCUGUCGACCCUGGCUUGAUAAGUUAUUUUAUGUCAGUAUCCUCCAGUCAGACGAGGAUGCAAGAGGAGGUCAUAGUCCUGUGUAUGUCAUCAGCUGCAAAGUUCAGGCUGCUGUGGACAGCAGUUGCCACUACAUGAGUACCAUAGAGAGGGUGCAGGUAGAGUAUUGCGUUAGUAGCAACAACAACACCAAGAUUCGAUCCUUUCUUAUAAAAGCACCCUUGGCAAAUAGCACUAUCAAUGACAGUAUUUUCAUAGAUAACGAAAUCCUCAUGUAUGAUGAGAUCAUUCCAAAAAUACUGGAAAUCGCCCAGUUGGAAGUGGCACCUAAAAGGUACAUUUCUCCUCUAACUGAGGUUUUAGUGAUGGAUGAUUUAAAAGAGGCCGGUUACAUAAUGUGCGACUCCAUUAAGAGAUUAGACUAUAAGCAUGCAAAGGCAGUUUUGAUCACGUUGGCCAAGUUUCAUGCGGCAUCAGUUGCUAUCAACCGAGACCAUCCUGAAGCUAUAGAGCGAAAUGGUGUUGAAACCGUGUUUACAAAUGAUCCUAAAUAUGGUGAGAGAUUCAAGCCUAGAAUACUUAUAAGAUUGAACGGCCUGGCAAAAGUAUUGCAAACGAUAAAUGGAUGUGAAAAGUUCGGUGAUAUUCUGCUUGGUGCUGAAGAAGCUUCUUGGGAUCUUAUCACAGAAAUGUUUAAGCCCAACAGUCAACUCAAUGUUCUGAACCAUGGAGACUUUUGGACGAAUAACAUGUUGUUUAAAUAUGACAGCGCAGGAUUCAUUAGUGAUGUUAAGCUGAUUGACUAUCAGUUGCGGAGAUAUUGCAGCCCAGCUAUUGACUUGCUCUAUUUGUUCUUCACCAGUGCCGACGAUGGAGUGCGGAUGAGGAUGUAUGAACUGUUGGAGAUGUAUCGUCACACACUCAACAGUUCUCUUGCUGAGCUAGGGUGUCCACAGCGCCUGUCCAGGAAUGAUCUGAAAGAGGAUAUCUCCAAGUGUAGUCCUCUAAUCUUACUGAUUUGCCUCUACCUUCCUUUUAUAUUUCCUGACCCAGACAAUCAUUUCGAUGUGAGCAAGAUUGAAGCUUCUGAGGAGAGUAUGACCAGUUUAGAUUUUGAUGUAAAUCCAAUUUUGCUUCCUUUCAAAAACAAAUAUUUUAGAAAAGCUCUGCCGGAAAUGUGCAAGGAACUUGAGACAAUGAAAGUAUUUAAGAUUCUCAUGAGAAAUAAGAAACAUAAGAAGAAACCCUAGUAACAGUUGCAUUACUGCAAAUGUUGUUGUUGAACUAUUUUUGUACAUAGUAUAUUGUUUACGGAUAAUGUUUGGUAAAUAUACAUGUUGUAAAAAUAAUGCAAUGGGUUAAUCAUUUUCAGUAUAGUUGAACUUUGUAACAUAGAAGUUGGAACACUGGAUUUAAACAUAAGACUUGUUAAACAUAAACAUGUUACUAUUUGUUAAACCUGCUCAUGGAUUUGUUCUAUUGAUAAUGCACAGGAAAUGAUAACUACAAGCAUAGAUGGUAAACUUGCAAUUAAUUUCAAAGGCGUUGGUAAGACAAGAACAACACAAUAACGGUAAAUACAAAUUACAAUACAACCUUGAAUAAAAUGGUCAUUACAAUUUAUGAGUAAUGGAUGCUUAAACAGAUAACAGGAUUAUUGUACUAAUAAUAGUAGCAAAUGUCCAAAAUCUUGUUAUCUUAUGUUAUUCAAACAGUCUAUUGUCAAUGACAACUUAUCUAUGAAUUACUAGUAUAUCAUUAGACUGUAUAUCGCUAUUCCCUGUAAUAUGUCAGAUUAGUACUUGAAGGACGUUAGUCUAUAUUUUUAUUUAUUUAGUAAAAACAGUAUUAUUUACUUCUAGGAUCCACACAAACAACUACGGGUAUAACAGAUUUUAUUUAUAUUAUACAAAAGUGCAACUGUCACUAGGUACUGUUAGAAAAAUCUUUGUUGCAUAAAAUGAGCACAAUGUCAAAAUAUACAAUAGUUUUUUUUAAACAUUUUUACAAUAUUAUUAUUUGAUCUACAUAUUGUAAAUUGUUCUUAGUUUUUAUAAUUAGCUAAACAUCUGAACAAUACAUGUCUUUAAUAUAUUCAUUUUUAUUAUUUUCUUAACAUUAAUUGUGUGUGUUGUUAAAUUUGCCUUGUUGAUAUUAUAUUGCAUGAAGCAUGGACUUUGAAAGUUGAAGUUUUUCUAGCUACUUUACAUUGUUGGUUGUGUUUGUUUUCAGUUGCUAUUUAUUAGUUUCCACUGAGCCGCAACGGUAUAUUGUGAGAAUAUGUGUAAUCAAUUACAUAAAAAGAGGCACUUUAUGCUAUCUUUGUAUAGAAAACUACUUUUACAAAACCAUCAAACAAUUAGGCAACCUGGGCAUUAUUUAAUAUCCUGCAUAGGGCAUACAUUAUACUUAUAUCUACUGUAUAAAAACUGUUUUUAUUAUUUAUUUUUGUACAAUGCUGUAAAUAUUUACGUAAUAAAUUAUUUUCUUCAA